ACUGAACAGGGUAUAACAUUUUCGACAGCCAUGAUCCCAUACUACAGCGUAUGCUUUAACCUCGACGAGUUGUUCAUCGAAAACAACAAUACCGGAAUAGUCCAACAGAGUGAGAUACUACAAAACCGACCGACGAACUUCAGUUGGUCCGCAUCCGGCAACGAGAACUAUAACCUUCAGGCCAACUACUCUCAGGUGUGGUAUCAGCAGACCAACAUCACAGGCAAUAUUGGCGCAGGACGAGAUGCUGCAAGACAGCUGAGCGUGUACUCGGGAAGAGACUGUCAUUCGAUCAACGGAUCAAAACUUCGAACUUUGGAGCCUUGGAUUGGAUGGACGUGUCAGAGUGAGGCUGGAGGACAGUGUGACACGGUUCCAAUCAGCAUCAAGAGUUUUCUGAUUGCUGAUGCUUCAUCGAUCAACAAUGGCUAUCCAAAGUGCUGGGACGAUGCAGUCAUGGGUGGUGCUUCGAGAGCGCGAGUCGCGAGCUUGUGGAUGGUUGGCGUUGUUGUAGUUGCAGCAGUCCUUCUGUUGUAGUCAGCGCGGUUAAUGUCGAAGCAGAGGUGAUGAAUCAUGGAUGACCUUACGACAGCAUCUCUGCAUAAUGGUGUAGUGUGUUUCAGGGAGCCUCAUACUUCCCAAUUUACACAUGAACGCCU